AUGAAGAUGAGGUCCAUCUGCCUCCUGUGCCUGCUGCUUGCCUUCCUGACCCUGCCCAUCGCACACGGCCACAUCCGUGAGCGCUCCAUGGAAAUCAGGAACCCAGACAUCGACCCCUCCUGGUACACAGGGCGCGGGAUCCGUCCAGUGGGACGGUUCGGGCGGCGGCGAGCCGUGGGCGACGGCACCCAUCCUGGGAGGGCCGGCUGGUGGCAAGCCUGUGCCCCUGCGCCGCCCGCACCACCGGGAAGAGUGCAGACCCUCAGCUGA